AUGGAGCUUGUCAGAGUUGAAAACGAAGAAAAUGCCGUUCUUUGCAUGAAGACUAUCAUGGAUUUGGAAAGGCGGCAGGUUCGCGCAACUCAAAGCAGAGUACAACCGUUCCUCGAACUUAUACGGGAUAUGUUUGAAGGCAUGCCUCAGGUUGUGAAGGACACUUUUGAGACUCCCAUCCAGGGUUCUACUCCUGGCAUGAUGCCAUCAACACCCGGUGGACCUCAAAAUUUCCAAUCCCCAAGACCUAGCUCCCCAGCUACUUCAGUCUCGGACCUUGCUCCCGAACAGCAAGGAAAUCAGCAGCUACUAAGAGGCAUGCAGUCGUUCAAAGUCCUUGCCGAAUGUCCGAUCAUCGUUGUCUCUAUAUUCCAAGUCCACCGCUCCUUCGUCGCUCAGCAUGUUAAGGUGUUCGUUCCGCUUAUUAAAGGCAUAUUGCUCCUCCAGGCAAAGCCUCAAGAAAGAGCACACGCAGAAGCUGCAGCCCAAGGGAAGAUAUUCACCGGUAUAUGUAAAGACAUCAAAAACCGAGCGGCUUUUGGAGAAUUUAUCACGGCGCAAGUCAAAACAAUGAGCUUCUUAGCUUACUUACUCAGGGUAUACGCGAACCAUCUGCAAGAUUUCCUCCCAUCCCUACCGAACGUCGUAGUACGAUUACUCCAAGACUGCCCUAGAGAGAAGUCAAGCGCUCGAAAGGAACUGCUCGUUGCUAUCCGGCAUAUUAUCAAUUUUAAUUAUCGCAAGAUCUUCCUUAAAAAGCUUGAUGAGCUGCUUGAUGAAAGAACUUUGAUCGGCGACGGCCUUACUGUUUACGAAGCUCUGCGGCCCUUGGCGUAUAGCAUGCUUGCUGAUUUGAUCCAUCAUGUUCGCGAAUCGUUGAACCGUGAUCAAAUUCGUCGAACUCUUGAGGUUUACACGAAGAAUGUGCAUGUCGACUUACCCGGAACAAGCUUCCAGUCGAUGAGUGUGAAACUUCUCUUGAGUAUGGCAGAGAGGAUAUCGAAGCUAGAAGAUAAGCGUGAAGCUCGGUAUUUCUUGAUUGCCAUUCUCGACGCGAUUGGUGAUAAGUUCGCGUCCAUGAACCGUGAGUUUAAAAAUGCGAUCAAAGCAUCAAAGCAAGCAAAGGAAAACCCCGAUGGCAUAGAAAAUUACCUUGGGCACCCGGAUAAUCCGCCCGAUUGGGAUGAAAUCGAUAUUUUUACGGCUGCGCCCAUCAAGAUAUCGAAUCCUAGAGACAGAAAUGUUGACCCCGUGCAUGACAACAAGUUUCUCUUUAAGACCUUGGUGAAUGGACUAAAAGGCCUAUUUUACCAGCUAAAGACUUGCAACCCAGACAACGUGAAAAUAGAUCCAUCCAAUACCCUAAUUAACUGGUCAGAGGUAUCUUAUGGGUACAAUGCCGAAGAAGUUCGUGUCAUAAAAAAGUUAUUUCAUGAAGGAGCAGCGGUGUUCAGAUACUAUGGCGUGGACGACCCAGAACCUGAAUUCCAGCACGCAUCACCCUUGGAAUUUAUUACCAGUCAGUACAUGCAACAAAUGAGUAAGGAAGAGAAAGAGCUUUUGGAAAGCUUUGGGACAGUUUUCCACUGCAUUGACCCCGCCACCUUUCACGAGGUAUUCCAUAGCGAAAUACCUUAUUUGCACGAUCUGAUGUUCGAGCACAGCGCCUUGCUUCAUCUGCCCCAGUUUUUCUUAGCCAGCGAGGCCACCUCUCCUGCUUUUGCUGGAAUGGCUUUGCAGUAUUUGAUGAGCCGCAUCCAGGAAGUGGGUUCUGCAGACAUGAAGAAGUCAAGGAUACUCCUACGAAUGUUCAAGCUCUCGUUCAUGGCCGUCACUCUCUUCUCGGCGCAAAACGAACAGGUUUUGCACCCUCACGUUACCAAAAUCGUGACCAAAUGCAUCCAGCUUUCUGUGACUGCUGAAGAGCCUAUGAAUUAUUUCCUUCUUCUUCGUUCGUUGUUCCGAAGUAUCGGAGGAGGACGAUUUGAGCUUUUAUACAAAGAACUCUUGCCUCUGCUUGAAAUGCUCCUCGAAACUUUCAACAAUCUGUUGUUGGGCGCGAGGAAGGUUCAGGAACGAGACUUCCACUUGCUUCCGCACCUCAGCCAUCUAAUGCGGCCACUGGUCGUCGCCCUUCGAGCAGGAUCCGAUUUGGUCGGUCAAGGCCUUAGAACCCUGGAACUUUGUGUCGAUAACCUUACCGCAGACUACCUUGAUCCAAUAAUGGCGCCUAUUAUGGACGAACUCAUGACUGCCCUUUGGGAUCAUCUUCGACCAAAUCCCUACAGCCAUUUUCAUGCCCACACCACCAUGAGAAUUUUGGGUAAAUUAGGCGGUAGGAACCGGAAGUUUUUAAACCAUCCCCCUGACCUCUCCUUUCAACAAUACGCCGACGAUGUGCCUAGCAUGGACGUCAAGCUUAUUGGAUCCAACAAAGACAGAGCGUUUCCCUUGGAUAUAGGGAUUGAUUUGGCUCUGGGUAAGCUACUUGAAGUUCCUCAAAAUCCUGCUGCAAAAGCUUCAGAUGCCUUUUAUAAACAACAAGCAUACCGCAUGCUUAGCUCACAACUUAAGCUAUACAUCGGUUUCGAGCAUUUACCAGACGAUUUGGCUGCAUAUUUGCGACUCCAAGCUAAUGACAUCACUGAUACUAAAUUCGCUGGUGGGCUUGAUAUCUUUGAAAAGUCCGAACGUCAAUAUUCAACCCCCAAAAAGCUAGCCCAGGAAGAAACUUUGAAGAAGCUUCUAAAAGCCUGCAUAUACGCUACGACAAUCCCAGAUCUUAAGCAGAAAGCAUCGCAAUUUCUUGUUGAUGUUUGCCGACAUUGCACCAUUAUCGAAGUCGGACGAGCUCUGGCACAGGCGCGACAUUCGCGACGGCCGUUCAACGUGACUAUGGGAGAAGGGCCAUUAUAUUUGGACGCGAGGGUACUUGCUGAUGCAGUGGUCGAAUGCUAUUCAUCUGAUCAUGCAGCUGUGCGUGACGCUGCAAAGGAAGCCAUGUUUACAGUCCGUGAUACUGCUACAACCAUUUUCGGAUCGCCCGCAAAAAUUGGCAAACUUCCAUUUUUCCCUCACCUUGCCCGCUCGUUCUGCCAUGCAUGUCACGAUGAGGAGUGGUUCAUGAAAGCAGGUGGAAGUCUAGGAAUCAAUCUCUUCGUCACCGACCUCGACCUUGGCGAUGCCUGGUUAGUAGAACGGCAGGCCGAAUUCGUUCGUGCUUUGAUGUACGUUAUCAAGGAUACUCCGUCGGAUUUCCCAGCAAUCACCCGAAUCCGGGCACAAGAGGCCUUGGAGCUAGUGCUUUACAGGUGUACCAAGGGCCUAUCAAAGGAGGAAUUGAAAAAUGAUAAAAGCAGACUUUUUGGUCUUUGUGGGUUUCUUGUCCACGAACUAUCCCACAUGAACAAACAUGUCCGUGAAGCUGCCCGAAGCGCAUUUCAAACUAUUGGUCGGACGGUGGGUGCUGAAGUUCACGAACUGUUGUAUCCAGUGAAAGAUCGACUCCUUCUUCCAAUAUUCAAUAAGCCGUUGCGGGCGCUUCCUUUCCCUACUCAGAUCGGGUUCAUUGAAGCGAUAACGUUUUGUCUUGGCUUACAUCGGGAUAUCGUUACUUUCAAUGACCAACUGAACCGCCUCUUGAUGGAAUCUUUAGCUCUAGCCGAUGUCGACGACGAGUCCCUUGCCUCCAAACCCCAUGAGAUCAAAACGGCAGAACAGAUCGUCAAUCUCCGUGUAGCGUGCCUUCAUUUGUUGUCAAUGGCCAUGAGUUUCCCCGACUUCGCGAGCGGACCACAGAAUACUAGCCGUGCGCGCAUUAUUGCUGUGUUCUUCAAAUCGCUUUACUCGAAAUCGCCCGACAUUAUUGAAGCUGCGAAUUCAGGUUUACGGGAUGUGCUUACGCAAACAAAUAAGUUGGGGAAGGACUUACUUCAGAACGGGCUUCGUCCAAUUUUAAUGAAUCUUCAAGAUCCGAAACGUUUGAGCGUGGCAGGACUGGACGGAUUGGCGCGCUUGCUUACACUCUUAACGAAUUAUUUCAAGAUUGAGAUUGGUGCACGUUUAAUGGAACAUAUGAAGGUUAUCGCUGAUGAUACGGUCCUUGAAAAGGUUUCGUUUGGGCUAAUCGAGCAAAGUCCGCCGAUGAAAAUUGUGGCGGCUAUAUUCAAUAUCUUUCAUUUGCUUCCACCUGCAGCUACGUCCUUCAUGGAGAACUUGGUUACCAAAGUGCUUUGGCUGGAAGACAAGCUUCGAAGGACUGCGAAUAGUCCUUUUAGAAAGCCACUGAUUAAAUUUUUGAAUCGAUAUCCAAAAGAAAGCUGGGCGUUUUUCCAGGUUCGGUUUCACGACGAGAAAUUCGGUCGGUUCUUUGGGCAGAUAUUGGCUGAUCCAGAAAGUCUACCUUUGAGGUCUGCUGUGCUGGCUGAUACACAUACAUUCACAACCAUCGCGUUUGGGCAUACUGAGUCCCCUGCUCGAAACACGGCGGCCAUUAAUGGAAUAUAUACAGUCCAUUCGAUAUGCCGCCACGAUUCCACCAAAGGCUGGCUGACCUCGAGCCCUGACUUAAAGCGACACCUCUUGAACGCCGGUAGAGACCUUGAGAAUAAGCUUCGGGGAGACAAAUUGCCAGUGAAUGAACGCUUGAGGGCUGAGCAAGCCGAAGACCAGUUAUUAGAGAUAUUUACCGUUUACCUCUCCCAAAACCUUCAAGACUUCGAUUUUCUUUUCGAACUCAUCGAUAAACUCUCCUCGGGGGAGCUGAAAUCUACGCUGGUCAUCCCUAAGUUCCUCUAUGAGCAUAUCAUUUCGAACGACUCAAUAGAUUAUCGAAAGUCGAUUAUCGCUCGCUGCUUGGAUUUGUACGGCCAGCGAACUUCGUCGCAAAAAUUGAAAACAUAUGCAUUCCGGAACCUAGUCAAUCCUAUUCUCGCAAUGGACGUGCAAAGGACAUGGGGAAAUUCUAACUCAGGCACGAAGUUGAUGGACAGGGAUAUGACUGAAUUGAUCCAUAAUCGCCUCUGGAAGCCGCAACUAGGUGACAUCAGCGACGAGUCUGCUCAAACGGGCGUUGAUCAUUCACGGAUGGCUUUGCUCCAGCUAUCAGCCCUGCUGAUCAAGUACCAUCAUACUACGGUUCAAGAGACCCGCAAAGACAUAAUUAAAUUUGCUUGGAGCUAUAUCCGCUUGGAGGACAUCAUCAACAAAUACGGCGCUUACGUGUUGAUCAGUUACUUCAUUGCUCAUUACGAAACUCCCUCAAAAAUCGUGGUGCAAAUAUACGUUGCUUUGCUCCGAGCCCACCAAAACGAAGGGAAAGCGCUCGUCACACAGGCAUUGGAAAUCUUAGCGCCGGUUUUGCCGAAACGAAUAACUCCCGUUGGAGAUUUGAGAUAUCCCCUUUGGGCAAGGUGGCCGCGCCGUAUUCUUGCCGAGGAGACUGCUAAUUUGCAGCAAGUGAUGAGUAUCUUACAGUUCCUUGUUCGCCAACCGGAUCUAUUUUACGACUCUCGCGAGUACUUUGUUCCUUUAAUUGUUCCAUCUUUGGUGAAAAUUGCUGGUCCCCCUAAUCCCUCCACCGAAAGCAAAAAGCUUGCGCUUAAUCUAAUUGGGUUGAUAUGGAUUUGGGAACAACGCCGGGUCAACAGCGACCAGCCUCCUCAUUCCCCCAACCCAAGAAAGCGGAAAUUUGAAGAGAACCAGAAGUCCCCAUCAGGACCUCCAGGGCCGUUGGGCAUGAGAGAACGGCCGGAUUACAUCAUAUCUCUCGAUCUGAGGACGACACUCAUCAAAUACUUAGUGACUUUCAUUUGUGGGUUGCCAGAGCGUUUCGAAGUACCAGCGAAGAAGUUAGUUUCACGGGACUCAACCCGGCCGCAAUCGUUUGUUAUGUAUGGCGAUAUGGUCAUGCGGGCUAUGCAGCUACUGCGGGAUUUACUCUCACCCGACUACUGGGCUGAUGUGGAUAUAGAUGUUUAUCCAAAGGUGACUGAACCGAUUCUUUCCGGGGAGAAAGCGGAAAAGCCAGAGGAGAAGCACAUUACAGGAAUGAUCAAUGCACUCCAAAUCUUGAGAGUCCUACUUGCAGCCAAACCAAAUGAAUGGGUUGCUUCUCGCGUGUCAACCCUUCAACUUCUAUUCGAGAAAUCAUUGCGAUUGGACCACCCAGAAAUCCAGGAUUGUUUGCAUGGUGUUGAAGACGAUAUGGACACUUCACGACGACUUCCCCCACCGGUCAAACGUGUUUUGGAUUCUCUCCCCCAGGAUCAACCAGCUGACGAGGAAUCCAUGGACGUCGAUGAUGCCCCCACAGAGUUUGCCGCAUACUUAUCCACUAUCGCAACAGAGUCGCUGUCUGCCAACAACUACAUAUCAGCUAUCAAUAUCCUUUGGACGCUUUCGAAAAGUCGACCAGCAGAGAUGGACCAGCAUAUACCUCAUGUGAUGAAAGUUCUUUCGCAAAAGCUCGCGAAAGAUCAUGUUGCUGUUUACGCAAACAAUCACGGCUCAAAUGGCGCUAAAAAUGGGAACGGAGAACAGGCUAUCGCGGACCAAGAAGAAUUUGAACUUGGUGUGGAUCUCAUCUUGAAGACGAUUGACCUGAUCGCAGUCCGCAUGUCACAUCUGGGCGAGCAAAGAAGACCAUUCCUGAGUGUCUUGGCCCAGCUUGUCGAGAGAUCGCACAACAUCGAACUGUGCUCCAAGGUAUUGGGCAUGGUCGAGUUCUGGAUAUUCCAUUCGACCGAAUCCUGGCCAACCCUGAAGGAGAAAACUGCGGUCUUACACAAGAUGCUGUUGUUUGAAACGAGACCCAAUCAAACGAUGCUGAAAAAGUUCCUAGAACUAGUGAUUCGGAUUUAUGAAGACCCCAAUAUCACUCGGACAGAGCUCACUGUGCGGCUGGAGCAUGCUUUCCUGAUUGGCACGAGAGCCCAAGACGUUGAUAUGCGCACUCGGUUUAUGACAAUUUUUGACCGGAGUCUGACCCGAUCCGCCAGCCGGCGGCUCAGCUAUGUUCUUACGUCGCAAAACUGGGACACCCUUGCUGAUUCUUUUUGGUUAACUCAAGCUUCCCAACUGGUAAUGGGUUCGCUUGAUACGAUGACUUCCGCGAAGUUACAUCCGGAAGAUUUUACUCUACCACCAGUUUCUUUCUUAUUCAGCCACUGUGAGAAAGACCCUUCUAAAGAAAGCGUUAUGGUGGAUAGCAAUUUGGAUACUUUAGUUGCGGAGCAUCGGAAUUUCUAUUCGGAACUUGCUGAUGUCAAAACUCGUGACAUCCUUGAACCGUUAUCUCAGUUGCAACAUGCCGAUCCGAAAGUUGCCUAUACGAUAUGGGUGACUCUAUUUACGAUUUGCUGGUCAGCCUUGUCACGCGAGGAGAGAAUCGAUUUAGAAAAAGGCAUUGUGACCCUUCUUACGAAAGAGUACCACCAGAGACAGCUCGAUGACCGUCCAAAUGUUGUCCAAGCUUUGCUCGAAGGCGUGAUAAGAGCUAAGCCCCGGUUCAAAAUCCCCCCGCAUGUUCUCAAAUUCCUUAGCAGGACAUACGAUGUAUGGUACACUGCUGCCGUUGCCCUUGAGCAGUCAGCAAUCAAUCCUAUAAUCGACACGCCGACUGCACGCGAGAGCAACCUUGACGCUCUUGUGGAGAUUUACGCCGGUUUGCAAGAAGACGAUAUGUUUUAUGGCACUUGGAGAAGACGAUGCAAAUUUGUCGAGACCAACUCUGCGCUUUCUUACGAGCAACAAGGCAUGUGGGACAAAGCACAGCAACUCUACGAAUCGGCCCAGAUCAAGGCACGUACUGGUGCAGUCCCAUUCUCACAGGGAGAAUACUACCUUUGGGAAGACCAUUGGGUUAUCUGCGCUCAGAAAUUACAGCAAUGGGAAAUCUUAGGCGAUUUUGCGAAACACGAAAAUUUUAACGACUUGUUGCUCGAGUCGAUUUGGAGAAGCUUGGAUAGUUGGCAAGGUGAUUCUAAUCGCGAGCAGAUUGAGUCUCUCGUUAAAGGUGUAUCCGAUGCCCCAACACCUCGCCGCGCAUUCUUCCAGGCUUUUAUGUCACUCUUGAAAUUUCACACCAAACAAGAAAGUCCACAAGAAUUCCAUACUGUUUGUGAUGAAGCGAUUCAAUUGUCGAUUCGAAAAUGGCACCAGCUCCCCAAACGUAUCACGAACGCUCAUAUACCCAUUCUCCAGAUCUUCCAACAGCUAGUAGAGCUGCAUGACGCGAGUGUGAUCUGCACGAGCCUUAAUCAGACCAACGAGAGGAAUUUGGACACAAAGUCUGCGGAGCUGAAGCUUUUGCUGGGAACUUGGCGUGAUCGACUUCCAAACGUAUGGGACGAUAUCAAUGCAUGGCAAGAUCUUGUUACCUGGCGCCAACACAUCUUCCAGUUAAUCAAUCAGACGUAUCUUAACCUCCUUCCCCCACAGACAAACAACGUUGCAAGCAAUUAUGCGUAUCGCGGAUACCAUGAGACUGCCUGGAUCAUCAAUCGCUUCGCUCAUGUUGCACGGAAGCACCAGAUGCCCGAAGUUUGUAUCAACCAGCUUAGUCGCAUUUAUACCCUGCCGAACAUUGAGAUUCAAGAGGCGUUCUUAAAAUUGAGAGAGCAGGCGAAAUGCCAUUAUCAGAACCCCAAGGAGUUGAACAGUGGCUUAGACGUCAUCAAUAAUACGAACCUCAACUAUUUCGGGUCGCAGCAAAAGGCAGAGUUCUUCGCUCUGAAGGGGAUGUUUUUGGCGAAGCUGAAUCAUACUAAUGAGGCGAACGAUGCAUUUGGUGUUGCGUUGUAUUACGAUCUACGGCUUCCGAAGGCGUGGGCUGAAUGGGGCCAAUACAGCGAUCAGCGGUUCAAGAUCGAUCCUUCAGAUAUGGAACUGGGGAGCAAUGCAAUGAGCUGCUACCUGGAAGCUGCUGGUCUUUAUAAGAACCACAAAUCAAGAAAGCUUUUGAGUCGCAUUCUUUGGUUGCUAAGUCAAGAUAACGAUGAAGGAAAAAUUGCGGGUGCCUUCGAGAACUUCAAAGGCGACACGCCAGUGUGGUACUGGAUCACAUUUAUACCACAACUUCUCACUAGUCUUUCCCAUCGUGAAGCUCGAUUAUGCAAAGCGGUCCUAGGAAAGAUUGCUAAGCUGUAUCCUCAGUCAUUGUUUUUCCUGCUUCGAACAUGCCGCGAAGACUUGCUCGGAAUUAAGAAAAGUCAGGACCAGAAACAGGAGAAGAUCAAUCGGAUGAAACAGCAGCAAAGCUCACCGCAGAUUAAAACUGAAACUAAACCCGGUCCACAGGUGCCGGAUGGAGUCGCAAACUCUUCAGCUGGUGCUGGUUCUCCUCGCCCGCCACACGCCAAUUCAGCCCCCCCGAUGACCGGAACGCCCGAAAUUCAAAAAGAGAGACAACCUUGGGAAUACGCAGAAGACAUCAUGGCAGGACUAAAGACAGCAUUCCCGCUAUUAGCAUUGUCAAUGGAAACCAUGGUGGAUCAGAUCCAUAAAAACUUCAAGUGUCCACCAGAUGAGGAUGCUUAUCGACUCAUUGUCGCGUUGCUUAAUGAUGGACUUGCUUAUGUUGGACGCAUGCCGUCCUCAUACGCGCAGGAUUUCAAGCUUCCACCCUCUACUGAGGCUAAUAUUACAAGAUUUGCGGAAACAAUCCUCCCUGCACAUAUCCGAAAGUCGUUCGAGGCGGAUUUCGUCAUAAAAAAGCCGACCAUGCACAAGUAUAUUCACAAGCUUCGCAGAUGGCGUGAUAAGUUUGAGGAGAAACUCGACCGUCGCCCUCAAUUUCAGUUCCUUGAAGCGUAUUCACCGCAUCUUAGCGAAUUCAAGUUCCAGAAGUUUGAUGAAGUUGAAGUUCCUGGCCAGUAUCUGGAACACAAAGAUAAGAACCAGGACUUUGUUCGAAUUGAUCGCUUUUUGCCCAACGUGGAUUUGGUACGUGGAAUUGGAGUAUGCCACCGACGGUUAAAGAUUCGCGGCCAUGACGGUAGUCUCCACGCAUUUGCUGUCCAACAUCCCGCAGCGCGCCAUUGCAGACGUGAAGAACGAAUGCUGCAGCUUUUCAGGAUAUUUAAUUGUGUGCUUCGAAAGCGCAAGGAGAGCCGUCGCCGUAAUAUCUAUUUCCACCUUCCUUUGAUGGUUCCGCUUGCGCCUCACAUCCGUCUUGUCCAGGACGAUUCCUCCUAUAUCUCGUUGCAAGGCAUUUAUGAGGACCAUUGCCGUCAAACCGGUAUGAAUAAAGACGAGCCGAUGCUCUAUACAAUGGAAAAAAUGCGUGCUCUUGCAGAAAAUAAGAUGAAUCGCGCUCCGGACCACUCCGUUGUACUCCGCACGGAAAUUUUCUCGGCUAUCCAGCAGAGAUGGGUUCCUAACACCGUUCUCUUGGAAUUCAUUCAGCAAACAUAUCCGCAGUACGCCGAUUUCUGGCUCUUCCGUCGACAGUUCUCAUAUCAGUACGCUGCAAUAGCUUUCAUGACACUUUGA